AAAUGUGAGUAAAUUAUGAGUGGGGACUUGCGACUCUUCUUAAGCCCGACUCAGUCGAUUCGUGGCGACGAGCAGCACUCCGCUCGAAAAUCCCACACCAUGUCCGUGGCGCGAAUGUCGAAAAUGCCCUUCGAAGUGAACAACAACUCCCCGGAACUUUUUCAGGCCUCCUUCAAGCGCAACCGGAACGAGUCCGUAGUGUCCGUGUCGAGUGCCUCCAGUUGCCAUUCGGACUCGAGCGAAGACGUCGAGGGCUUAUCGCGAAAGUCAUCCACGGCGCAAGAAUUAACACAAAAGGAUAAUGCGGUCGAGAAUGCGGACUUCAAGAGGCUCCGAUCGAUGUCCGAUGGGGCUACCCAACGCCUCCCCAACCAGGAGCCCUUCGAGGUCUUCCCGAGCCUCCCUGACUCCGUUUUGGAAAAAAUGGGACUCCUAGGGAACGGCCCCAGGGAACGCCUCAACGAAGAAGAACUCGAGCAGAAAUUCGUCGCCCUAUCUCUGGCUUUCACCAUAGACGCAGCUACCAUCAAAGACAGAUGCGAACGACAACGACGAUACAGGGACCAAACCGAAAACAACCUGGACGCAGAAAUCGAAAAGCUCAUCCAGAAGGCCAACAGGAUGCAGUCUCUGUGCAUAGAUGCCGAAACCACCGAGCUGCUUUCGGCCCUCCUGGGCCAGAUCGACAUAGUGAUGAAGGCGUCCGCACACGCCACCAUCUCCUCGGAGCGCUACGGAGCGGUCCAGCACGAAAAUCGGAUAUCGGAGUCGGUGCAUGUGAUGAUCAAUCAUGUGAAUCUUCUUAAGCAACAAAGGGACUCGGCGAGGCGCCAGCUACAGUACACGAAGCGGGUCCUGCAGAAUACGAAUUCUCCAGAGACGGCUCCAGCCCAGAAACAAAUAGCCGCCACCCCCAACGGUCGGGUGAUUACAAAAAGACGGGCAAGCAUUGCAACAAUUUCUCGACCUAUCGAACUCUCUAAAAAUCCCGACGCUCGUAAAAUAACGAGGAGAACUUCGGAUUUGUCGUUGCGGGCUAGCUCCUUGGCGCGCAAUUCUAGACCUAAUCGGCUAGAACUUGGUGUAGAUCUAGUCAAGAUCAAAGAAGGCAUGGUGGAAAGUGAGCCAGUGUUGCACGAACCGGAACAAAAUAGUGAUAAUGAGUCUAAUCAAAACGAAGAUAAUUCUAGUCCGGAAGACAGUAUGGUUUCGGUUGACGCUAACCUCGGACCGCUCACUUUAAGGCAGAGACUCGUGCGGAGGUUUAAGAGGUUGCGGAAGAACGUGGAAGAGCGAUACGAUGAGUGGACGAAUGACGGCACGAUUCACGAGAUUUGUUGCUUCUGCGCCCUUAUGUGCUUCUCGAUUAGUGUGAUAAUAUUGGCGAAUGUACUGCUAGAGGUUGAAUUUGCGAAGCGCGGGUUGGCACCGUCGAGUUUUUUUUGGCACUGGGGUGGCCACCAUGGGAACACGCAAGCGCCCAAACGAAUAUACCACGGAGCGAUCACUACGACUUAAUUUAUUGCUUGAAACUUAAUUUAAUAAAAAGCAUAAAUAUGGA